AUGUCUGAGGCUACCGACACGGAAGCACCACACGUUGUUACAUCCACAACCACCGAUGAAUUUGUAGGUGAUAGUCAAGCAUCAAGCCAACACACGGAAGAAUCUGUAAAGAACUCGCAAGAUAGCGAGGUCAAUGAGGCAAAGCAGGAAGAAAAUGACGCGCAGAUGUCAGUAAAUGACGCAACAGAGAAAGGAGACGUGGAAAUGACAGAGACAACAAACGAAGAUAUGACGAAAUUAUCACAAGAAGAAGCAGAAGAGGACGAGGAAACACUGUCUAAAGAUGUGGAUAUGGCACCGGAACAGAUUCGAGAGAUGAGUCCUGACGCAAUUGAAUGUGAUGUGGAGAUGGCGGUGGAUGAUGAGACAACACAGGGAGCAAAAGAAAAGAGCGAUGAUACUGCUGAUCUUUCUGUGGAUGUGGAUGCUGUUUCAGAAACGAACGGAAGUGUAGCACCAAAGCCUGCUUCUAUAAUAGCGGAAGAGGAGACGUCAGUUAAGAUUACUACUGAUGAUACUGAAUUUGCUGUAGAUGCAGAGAGUUCACAGCAAAGUGAUACUGAGAUGCUGGAUAAUGGCAAACCGUUGGGCCUUGAACGUGAGGAAUCGGUGCAGCCACCCGCGUCUGAGUCUUGCAACGGCGUUGAUGAGGUUGCUGAAUUAAUGGAACCUGUGGCUAAGAAACAGAAAGUAGACGAAACUGUUGCGCAAGUCACCGAAAAAAUUAUAAGUGUAUACGAGGCUACGGAUCGAUCUGAUAAUGCUUCGCCAUCUGCGAUUAUCUCUCGUGAUGACAUGGCAAAGAUGGAAGAGGACAGCGGACGACUGAAAUUUGAUGUGAUCACAAACGAUGGUGCGGAUGAGCAUAUGAUCCAACUUACGACGCUGAAGAAUAUCUUUGCGAAGCAACUUCCUAAGAUGCCAAAGGAGUAUAUCGUUCGACUGGUUUUUGAUAAGAAUCAUCGGUCCAUGCUUAUUCUAAAAAAUGGUACCCAUGUGAUCGGUGGCAUCUGCUACAGGCCGUUCGAAAAGAGCGGGUUUGCAGAGAUUGCGUUUUGUGCAAUUAACGCCUCCGACCAAGUGAAAGGAUACGGUACACGGCUGAUGAACCAUUUGAAAGAGUACGUGAAGACCAAGAACAUCACGCACUUCCUUACGUACGCAGACAACUAUGCUAUCGGCUACUUCAAAAAGCAGGGUUUCACUAAGAGUGUAUCGAUGGCUCGUCCUAACUGGUACGGCUACAUUAAGGACUACGACGGCGGGACUCUGAUGGAAUGUACAAUCCACACUCAGAUCAACUAUUUAAGGAUCACGUCGAUGAUUCACAAGCAGCGCAAGGCAAUCCAAGAUAAGAUUCAGGAGCGAUCGCGUGCAAAGACGGUAUAUUCUGGCCUGACAAACUUUGCGGAGGGCAGGUUGAUGGAUAUUUACAUGGUUCCUGGCGUUAAGGAAGCAGGGUGGUCGCAAGCAGUGAUUCGAAACAAUCGCAUUGGAACUCGUGACCAAGGCAGUCUAAAGUCGCAACUCUUGCAGUUGCUGAAAGCAGUGUCAAACCAUCGUAGCGCAUGGCCCUUUCAUGAACCCGUCGACACUACCGUCGUAGUCGACUAUCUCGACCACAUCAAGGAGCCGGUGGACCUUCAGCUCAUCAGCAAACGUAUUGACGAUGGCAAUUACAUCUCCAAAGCUUCAUUCAAGACAGACUUGGACAAGAUGUGCGAGAACUGCAUGAUCUACAACACACCCGACACCAACUACUACAAAGCUGCUAUGGACCUCCGAGAAUUUAUUCAAUCACGAAUCCAGCUCAGGGAUCAAAAGUAG